GCUCGCUUUCUGAUCCAUUUCGUGAAUAUCAAAUACACACGACGCCUCCAUGUUGGAAAGAGUGUAGAGGGGGCAUACAAUUAUUUUUUGAAAAUGAGAGUUCAAAGAAACGGGAUUAUCGGAACUGUCCCACUUUCGUAUUGAAACUUGACCGAGGCGAGAGCGGGAGGUCUUUUUUUUUGUUUCUUCCGUCGUUUCAUCAUUGUUUCAGUCAACGUUAAUUUUUAUGUUGAAUUGAACACUGAUAUCAGUUCAAGGCUAGCUCUAGUUGCUAGCCAGACGUUAGCAACGUUUUCUUAUUUUUUUGUUCAACGUUGGGAGUUUGUUUUGCCCAUGCUGUUCUUGAAUGUUGCUUGCUAAAUUGGAUAUUCCCAGCGAUUGACAAGUGUUGGUAUUUUACCUUUAAACCACUAGCUAGUUACAUGUAGCCCCUCCUGUGUCCCGUCUCAGUCCAUUUGGCCAUCGUUACACUAGCUAGCUAGUUUAGGGCCCGGCUGCCAUUUCAACACAGCUAGCAAGGUAGCUAACGUCUAGGCUAACGUUAACCAUUGUGGACUAGGACUAGCUGGACAUCUUGUUUUUGUAGAAAACAAACAAGCAAGCAAAUAAACAUUUUAAAAACGAACCAAAAAGGAAUAACCAUCCGUCGCAAUGGACCACACGUCUAUAAUAACCCAGGUUUCCAACCCAAAGGAGGAGGAGAUUAUCUCGUUUAAUCAGGAGAAAGUCUCCCAGUCCAACAGCAGUGUAAAGAAGCAGAGGAGUCCAGGCAUCUUCAGUACGUUCUUCUGUUGCUUUAGGAACUACAAUGUGGAGCCUCCUGCCUCCAACAACACAACCACCUCCCUGCCUCCAGCCCCAGAGGAGAACGGGACACAACCAAAGUUUGACCAGGUCGAGGUUAUUCCUAUCCCUAGUCCUCCAGCCAAAUUCCUCCUACCAGAGAUGAACAUAUCAGACUAUGGGAAGAAGUGUGUAGUGAUCGACUUGGAUGAGACAUUGGUACACAGCUCAUUCAAGCCCAUUAGCAAUGCUGACUUCAUAGUCCCAGUGGAGAUAGAUGGCACUGUUCAUCAGGUUUACGUGCUGAAGAGACCUCAUGUGGAUGAGUUCCUGCAGAAGAUGGGAGAGCUGUUUGAAUGUGUUCUGUUCACGGCUAGUCUUGCAAAGUAUGCUGACCCUGUGGCGGAUCUCCUGGACCAGUGGGGUGUGUUCCGAGCCCGUCUGUUCAGGGAGUCAUGUGUGUUUCACCGGGGGAACUAUGUUAAGGACCUGAGCAGGCUGGGUAGAGAGCUCAGUAACGUCAUCAUACUGGACAACUCUCCUGCCUCCUACAUCUUCCACCCGGAGAACGCUGUGCCGGUCCAGUCGUGGUUUGAUGAUCUGAGCGACACAGAGCUACAGGACCUGCUGCCCUUCUUCGAGGGCCUGAGCAGAGAGGAAGAGGUGUAUGGUGUGUUGCAGAACCUCCGGGGCAGGUAGCGCCAGGGUAACACCACCUUCCUCCUUUCUCUCCCUCCCUCUCUCUCGCUCUCUCUCACUGUCUCUCUCUCUCUCCCUCUCUCUCUCUCACUCUGCCUCUUUAACGACACACCAUCGCUCAGGCUUAGACAGAUGUCCCGGCCUCCGGCCCCUAGGGGCAACCUGGAGUCACACUGUGGAUUGUAGUGGGUAACCCAACACCAGACACCCCAAACAGUACACCUCUCUCCGCUAUGGUAUCCUCUCCUGGAGGCUGGGGGCUCACUGUAGUCAGAGUGAAGAAUACUCCAACUCCCAUGGAGCACAGUGGCGGAAUCAGGAAGCUCGACUGUGACAUCAUCAGUUAGAAGAUGUGUAUGGAGCGGCAGAAUGCGGUUCUGAUUUGAGGGAAUGGACGCAAAGGAAGAAACUCUAGUCUUGUCACACCGACUAACAGGCAGAGUUGUUACUUUUAACCAAAAAUCUAUAUUUUGUGUGGAAAUGUUUUUGUUGUGAAGAUAUCCGAUAAAUUCAGUCUGAGUAUUAGGUCCUUGUAUUGUUGCUAUGCAUCAGGCAGUUUCUGGUAGUUUGAAAGGACUGUGAUUUAAUGUUUUCCUUUUCUUACCGAAUGAAGUGCCUUGUUUGAAUGUGGUUAUGAGGAGAUAUUUUGUACAUGGCAUAUUUGCAGAAUACUUCUCCAGUCUUUUUAUUGAAUUCUGUCUAUACUUUAAAAUGGAGACCGCUAUGAUUCUUUAUAACAAAGCACUGUUGUUAUUUUAGCAGGAGGUUGUCAUACCUUGUAUUGGUUACACGUUAUAUUCUCUUCUUUUUGACACCAUAUAAGUGUUUUAUUUUCUCUUUAUCUUGCUGUCUUCACUAUACCUUAGAAUAGUGUAUUAUGGUUAAUUUGUUUUAAGAAGUAAAGGAAUAUGUAACUUUCUACAUGGCAAUUAGGCCUAAUUUUGGGAAACAUCCUGAACCAUAGUUGAAUUUGUGCCAACAUUUUUCAAUGUAUUUCUUUUAUUCGUUUUUGCCAAACGUCAUUUCAAUUGUUAAAAUCUAAGUAGGGGUUUACCUCAGUCUGUUUUAAGGAGUUUUGCCAGUUAACGAAUGCCAUUCAGUUAUGUUUUGAAGUGAAUGGAUCAUACUUUGUUAGCAAUCCAUUUAAUUAUUUUAGUCUGCUAGUUUUUAACUAGCAUGCAAGUCAUUUUAUUUCUGCACAUGGAUAUAAGUCUAGCAACAAACAAACAAAAAUAUCCUACAGGAGGCUGUAACCCUUACCAAUCUCCCCCCCCACCCCCCAGUGGUACACUGUUGCCAUGGUAUCCGUCUCAUUGUUUCCAGUGAUCUGGUGUGCGUCCCAAAUGGCACCCUAUUCCCUAUUUAGUGCACUACUGUUGACCAGGGCCCAUGGUCCAAAGUAGUGCACUACAUUGGAGUUAGGGUGUAAUUUGGGAUGCUGUCCUGAUGUUGUACAGUAUUCUAAUGGGUAGAGUGCCAUGUUUCUCCUCACCGCAGUGCCUGACUUGAGUCCUGAGGACACACACUGAAACAGUACUGUAACCAUGGGCAAUAACUUUCAGGAGACUCAACCUGGGUCAGUGUUAGAGCAGAGUGUUUUACCCCCCCAUACCAUGUGACCUGAUCAGAAAAUACUCUGGCCUCGUUGUUAUUGGCUAUUACUAGGGCCUGUUGUAUUGAUUUCUUUUAACACGUUACAAAAUAUAAUACAAAUUCAACAAUUUACAAAUACAUUUUCAAGAAAAACGGUCACAUUCCUCAGCAAGGUGGUCCCCAUUCAACACGUUGAACUGCAAAGAGGCACCAGAACAUCCUGUUGUAGAGAACUCCUGUAGGUUGUUCCAUACAUGGACAUCCUGUUGUAGAGAACUCCUGUAGGUUGUUCCAUACAUGGACAUCCUGUUGUAGAGAACUCCUGUAGGUUGUUCCAUACAUGGACAUCCUGUUGUAGAGAACUCCUGUAGGUUGUUCCAUACAUGGACAUCCUGUUGUAGAGAACUCCUGUAGGUUGUUCCAUACAUGGAAUGCAAAGAAACUAAAAGCUGAUUGACUUGACUCUCUGAUCUGAUUAGGUUAGGGAAAACUCCUGUCCCUCCCCAUCUCAUUGUGUAGGAGUCUGAACACUGAAUACAGGUUCUGUUGUAACACUCUGGGCACUGCUAAAGGACCGCAGGAUACCUCGGCAUGGUAAUAAUGCCUUAAAGCAAUUCUCCGUCAUGAAUCCCAAGGUAUCUAGUCUAGCUGUAACAUCAUAGACCAGGAAGAAACACAAUCUCCUGACCAAUGGGUAAAAGCAGCAGGUGGUCACGUGAUCACCUGCUGGGUGUCGACGAGCUGUGCGAUUCGUUCGAGAAAUGAAACAGAAAAUGAUGUUCUGUACAGAGACAAUAGGACGGUCACCCGCUGCUUUUAAUGGUUGGCACAGUGUGUUUAGACCUGAAGGUUUUUACUAGUGAUUUUGGUAGGCAGGCUACUGUUGGUAGCUCCUAUGGGGUCUUGGGGUACCAUAUUGUCAACCUGUGGUUGUUGACAUGGACAUUUUAAUAAUAAUGCUUGUGUAUUAUUGCUGAUGAUUGGGGUGUCAUGCUUUCAAGAUGUUACUUGUUUUUAAUGCAAUGAAUGCCCUUUAGUGUAAUAGAAA